UGUUCAGAUGAUAUCUCUCUUGCAGGAAGACCACGCAGUAUGCUUCUCAUUGAUAAAACUUUUCAUGUUUUUUGUACGACUAAGACUUGGCACACCCGAGCAAGACCUGGCAGUUAGGUUCAAUUGUCAUAUUUCAACUAUCAGCAGGAAAGUUAUCACCUGGGCCAAUUUCUUGUACUUUGUUUUAGGAUCAAUACCGAUCUGGCCUUCUAGAGUGCAGGUGGAUCGCCACAUGCCCCAGGAUUUCCGGUUGACAUACCCAUCCACAAGAGUUAUUUUGGACUGCACAGAAAUCAGGCUUCAAAUUCCAUCCGCCUUAGUGGUAAAUUCCAUGUUCUACUCCCACUACAAAAGCAACUGCACUCUAAAAGGUUUGAUUGGUAUUGCCCCACAUGGAGCUGUAACAUUUGUUUCAUGUCUCUUCACAGGUGUGAUGUCUGAUGUAGAAAUUACUAAACUUUCAGGGAUCCUAGAUCUUGUAGAACCAGGAGACAGUGUCAUGGCUGAUAAGGGCUUUACUAUUGCAAGUAUUCUCAGUGAGAAGGGUGUUGGUUUAAAUAUUCCUCCCUUCCUGCAUAACUGUGGUCAGUUUACAGCUGAAGAAGUUGCAGAGACCCAGAAAAUGGCAAACACCGGUACACUAAUCCGCCAGGUGGCGCGUCGGAAUUUCCGUCCCGGAAGUGUUGCUAAUGUAACCAAUGUAAACAUGUCGCACUACAGCGGUUUGACAGUUGAGAAGCUGAAGACAGAGUUGCAAUGCCGUGGAGCAACUACACGCGGGAAGAAGAUCGAUUUGAUUGAAAGAUUACAGAUGACCAGGCUGCAGACUUAGAGUCAAAGACAAGAAAGCAGGCCAAGUGUAGCUUGUGGCAUGAAGAGAGGAGAUGGAGGUUGACAGCAUCUCAGUUUGGGACAAUUUGCAAAUGUACUACAAGGAGAAACAAAACUAAAUUAUGUGAACAAAUUGUCUCUGGAAGAAAACUAGUUUGUAACUCUGUGAGGCAUGGGUUACAGCAGGAACCCAAAGCUAUUGCCAAACUUGAGAUAGCCUGUAAUGUUCAUGUUCACAGUUGUGGAAUGUUUGUUGACUUGUGAGAGAAAUGGCCUCAUGCAACUGAAAGAAAACUGUCAUUACUACUUUCAGGUGCAGGGUCAGAUGUAUCUAUCAAAGCGAAAAUACUGCUUAUUUGCUGUUUGUACGUUCAAAGACUUCUUUGUUCAGAAAAUAUCACUCGAUGAGGAAUACUGUACAGGAAGUUUGAUUCCCAGACUCUCCUUAUUCUUUGAGUCUUAAAUUUCCUCAAGCCUUACAUUGCUACUCACUACAUUUGUUAAGAUUCACGAACAGACAUCCUUUUGUGGAUUAAUACAUCCAUGUGAAGACUGUGUAUCUAAAAAGUACUAAGAGUCUUAUCAAACUUACUUUUGCCUCGCUUUUCAAAAAUUAUUUGAAAUCAGUGACUUUUCACAGUUAAGGAAUAAAAGUUUGUUCUUUUCAACUAUUGAAAUCUGGUGAUGAGAAUGAUACAAAUGAGUACCGGUAGGUAUAUCCCUGAUUGACACCAUGUGAUUGACACCAUGUGUAAAGUACUUACUUCUAUUCUUAGCUGUAGGCCUAAUGGAAAAACUGUAGGCCCAAACAUGUUUUCUGAAGCAGUGAGAUAUACUCUUGCAAUAUAAAAUUACAAAAUACAACCAGUCAUCCAGAAGCUAUUACUGCUAUCACACCGAGUUCCCAGAGACUCAGUGGUAAUAGAUGGUGAUACAUUUAUCAAGGAAAUUAUCAGCUUGUAAAACAUCUUUGAACAAAUCUGUCAUGUAUGGGUAUACUGACCGAUGUAUAUUUCGAACACUGACCUUGGGAAUGUGGUGGAGCUCCUUUGCAAUGAAAUUACAUGACUGAAUGUCUGUCUGACAACCGUGUGAUGGUGUUGUACUAUUGCAUUCAUUGUUAAAGUGGUAAGAGAGAGAGAUCCUAAGCACAGAUCAACAAACAAAUGUGAGACAUUCAAUGGUAUUUUUUCAUUAUGUAAUAUCAUGGGUAGAGUGUUAUGUACAUAUAUUCAUCAUUUCAAUUGUUAAAACACAAUAAAGUUGUUAUAUUUGAACAUU